AUGGCACAGGCACUGCUGGUACCACCUGGACCUGAAAGCUUCCGCUAUUUUACUAGAGAGUCUCUCGCAGCUAUUGAAAAACGUUCUGCAGAAGAAAAAGCUAAAAAACCCAAGCAAGAACAUACAGAUGAUGAUGAUGAAAAUGGUCCAAAACCAAACAGUGACUUGGAGGCAGGAAAGACACUGCCAUUUAUUUAUGGUGAUAUACCUCCAGGAAUGGUAUCUGAACCUUUGGAAGACCUGGAUCCAUAUUACAUCAAUAAAAAAACUUUCAUAGUAUUGAAUAAGGGAAAAGCAAUUUUCCGAUUCAGUGCCACAUCUGCCUUGUAUAUUUUAACUCCUUUUAAUCCCAUCAGAAAAAUUGCUAUCAAGAUUUUGGUACAUUCAUUAUUCAGCAUGCUUAUCAUGUGCACUAUUUUGACCAACUGCGUAUUUAUGACCAUGAGUAACCCUCCAGACUGGACAAAGAAUGUAGAGUACACUUUCACUGGAAUUUAUACCUUUGAAUCACUUAUCAAAAUUCUUGCAAGGGGCUUCUGCUUAGAAGGUUUUACUUUUCUGCGAGACCCAUGGAACUGGCUUGACUUCAGUGUCAUUUUAAUGGCAUAUGUGACAGAGUUUGUGGACCUGGGCAAUGUCUCAGCGCUGAGAACAUUCAGAGUUCUCCGAGCUUUGAAAACAAUAUCAGUCAUUCCAGGCCUGAAGACUAUAGUGGGAGCCCUGAUUCAGUCUGUGAAGAAGCUCUCAGAUGUGAUGAUCCUGACUGUGUUUUGUCUGAGUGUGUUUGCACUGAUAGGGCUGCAGCUGUUCAUGGGCAACCUGAGGAAUAAAUGCCUGCAGUGGCCUCCAGACAAUUCUACUUUUGAGAUAAACAUUAUUUCCUACUUUAACAGCACAAUGAAUGAAAACGGUACAUUUGUUAACAUGACAGUGAGCACCUUUAACUGGAAGGAUUACAUUGAGGAUGAAACUCAUUUUUACAUUUUGGAAGGACAAAGAGAUGCCCUACUCUGUGGUAAUAGCUCUGAUGCAGGGCAAUGCCCAGAAGGAUAUAUAUGUGUGAAAGCUGGCAGAAACCCCAACUAUGGCUACACAAGUUUUGACACCUUCAGCUGGGCUUUCUUGUCACUGUUUCGGCUGAUGACUCAGGACUUCUGGGAAAACCUCUAUCAGCUGACUCUGCGUGCUGCUGGGAAGACAUACAUGAUAUUUUUUGUUCUGGUGAUUUUUCUGGGCUCUUUCUAUCUGAUUAACCUGAUCCUGGCUGUGGUCGCCAUGGCCUAUGAAGAACAGAAUCAAGCAACAAUGGAAGAAGCAGAGCAGAAAGAGGCAGAAUUUCAGCAGAUGCUGGAACAACUGAGGAAGCAGCAAGAAGAAGCUCAGGCAAGUACAACAGCAGCAGUAGCAGCAGCAUCAGUUGCAUCAAGAGAUUUCAGUGGUGUAGGGGGAUUAGGAGAACUCUUGGAAAGCUCUUCAGAAGCAUCAAAGUUGAGCUCAAAGAGUGCUAAAGAAAGAAGAAACAGAAGGAAGAAAAGAAGACAGAAAGAAAUGUCUGAAGCAGAGGACAAAGGAGAUAUCGAUAAGUUCCCCAAGUCUGAGUCAGAAGACAGUAUCAGAAGGAAAAGUUUCCGCUUCUCCACAGAAGGAAGUCAACUGACAUAUGAAAAAAGGCUCACUUCUCCUCACCAGUCUUUGUUAAGCAUUCGUGGUUCUCUGUUCUCACCAAGGCGCAACAGCAAAACCAGCAUUUUCAGUUUCAGAGGUCAUGCAAAGGAUAUAGGAUCUGAAAAUGACUUUGCUGAUGAUGAACACAGCACUCUUGAAGACAAUGAGAGCAGAAGAGAUUCUCUCUUUGUUCCAAAUCGACAUGGAGAAAGGCGCAACAGCAACAUUAGUCAGGCCAGUGUGUCAUCUAGAAUGAUACCAGCCCUUCCAGUAAAUGGGAAGAUGCACAGCACUGUGGAUUGCAAUGGAGUAGUUUCCUUGGUUGGAGGACCUUCAACUCUAACUUCACCUACUGGUCAGCUUUUACCAGAGGUAAUUGUAGGUCAGCCAGGCACCACUACAGAAACAGAAAUAAGGAAAAGAAGACUGAGUUCAUACCAAAUUUCCAUGGAAAUGCUGGAAGAGUCUGCUGCAAGACAAAGAGCAAUGAGCAUAGCCAGCAUACUUACAAAUACAAUGGAAGAGCUUGAAGAAUCCAGACAGAAAUGCCCACCAUGCUGGUACAGAUUUGCAAAUACUUUCUUGAUCUGGGAUUGCUGGAGUCCAUGGUUAAAAGUAAAGCACGUCGUCAAUUUAGUUGUGAUGGAUCCAUUUGUUGAUCUUGCUAUAACUAUUUGCAUUGUUUUAAACACCUUGUUUAUGGCCAUGGAACAUUACCCAAUGACAGAUCAGUUUAGCAGUGUCCUUUCCGUGGGCAACCUGGUAUUCACUGGGAUAUUUACAGCAGAAAUGGUACUAAAGAUUAUUGCCAUGGACCCUUACUAUUAUUUCCAAGAGGGCUGGAAUAUUUUUGAUGGUAUUAUCGUUAGCCUUAGUUUAAUGGAGCUUGGUCUUGCAAAUGUUGAAGGAUUAUCUGUUCUUCGGUCAUUCAGAUUGCUUCGAGUUUUCAAAUUGGCAAAAUCUUGGCCAACCCUAAAUAUGCUGAUCAAGAUUAUUGGCAACUCCGUGGGGGCUCUGGGGAACCUGACCCUGGUGCUGGCCAUCAUUGUGUUCAUUUUUGCUGUGGUUGGGAUGCAGCUGUUUGGGAAAAGCUACAAGGAAUGUGUCUGCAAGAUCUCCAGUGACUGUGAACUUCCUCGCUGGCACAUGCAUGACUUCUUCCACUCUUUCCUGAUUGUAUUCCGAGUGCUGUGUGGAGAAUGGAUAGAAACCAUGUGGGACUGCAUGGAGGUUGCAGGCCAAACCAUGUGCCUUAUUGUUUUCAUGCUGGUCAUGGUGAUUGGAAACCUAGUGGUACUGAACCUAUUUCUGGCCUUGCUGCUGAGCUCCUUUAGUUCAGACAACCUUGCUGCUACAGACGAUGAUAAUGAAAUGAACAAUCUCCAGAUUGCUGUGGCAAGGAUUCAGAAAGGCAUCGAUUAUGUUAAAAAAACGAUACGGGAGUUCGUCCGAAAAGCCUUCGUUAGAAAGCAGAAAUCUUUAGAGGAAAUCAAAGCACUUGAAGAGCUAAACAACAAGAAAGACAGCUGCAUUUCCAAUCACACUGCCAUUGAAAUAAGCAAAGAUCUGAAUUAUCUUAAAGACGGGAAUGGAACCACCAGUGGUGUAGGCACAGGCAGCAGUGUGGAAAAAUAUGUAAUUGAUGAAAAUGAUUACAUGUCAUUCAUAAACAACCCAGGCCUCACUGUGACAGUGCCCAUUGCACUUGGAGAAUCAGAUUUUGAAAAUUUAAAUACAGAAGAAUUUAGCAGUGAAUCUGAUAUGGAAGAAAGCAAACAGAAACUAAAUGCAUCAAGCUCAUCAGAAGGCAGCACUGUUGAUAUUGCUCCUCCUGGGGAGGGCGAGCAAGCAGAAAUUGAAAGUGAAGAAGCUCUUGAACCAGAAGCCUGUUUUACUGAAGGCUGUGUGCAGAAAUUUCCAUGUUGUCAAGUAAGUAUAGAAGAUGGCAAAGGAAAAACUUGGUGGAAUCUUAGAAAAACCUGCUACAGCAUAGUUGAACACAACUGGUUUGAGACUUUCAUUGUAUUCAUGAUUCUCCUCAGCAGCGGAGCACUAGCUUUUGAAGAUAUAUAUAUUGAACAACGGAAAACUAUCAAGACCAUGCUGGAAUAUGCUGACAAAGUUUUUACGUAUAUUUUCAUUUUGGAAAUGCUUUUAAAAUGGGUAGCGUAUGGUUUUCAAAUAUACUUUACUAAUGCCUGGUGCUGGCUGGACUUCCUGAUUGUUGAUGUUUCAUUGGUUAGUUUAAUAGCCAAUGCUCUGGGCUAUUCUGAACUUGGUGCCAUUAAAUCGCUACGGACAUUAAGAGCUUUAAGACCUUUAAGAGCCUUGUCACGAUUUGAAGGAAUGAGGGUGGUUGUAAAUGCCCUUGUAGGAGCAAUCCCAUCUAUCAUGAAUGUAUUGCUGGUAUGUCUUAUAUUCUGGCUAAUCUUCAGCAUCAUGGGAGUAAAUCUUUUUGCUGGGAAAUUCUAUCACUGUGUCAACACCACAACUGGUGAGAUGUUUGAUAUCAGUGAUGUCAACAAUUAUACUCAGUGUGUGGAACUCAUAAAAAGCAAUCAAAGUGCUCGAUGGAAGAAUGUGAAAGUAAACUUCGAUAAUGUAGGAGCUGGAUAUCUUGCUCUGCUUCAAGUAGCUACUUUCAAAGGAUGGAUGGAUAUUAUGUAUGCUGCUGUUGAUUCACGAGACGUAAAAGAUCAACCAAAGUAUGAGGACAACUUGUAUAUGUAUCUCUAUUUUGUCAUCUUUAUAAUAUUUGGAUCAUUUUUUACCUUGAACCUUUUCAUUGGUGUUAUUAUAGACAACUUCAACCAACAAAAAAAGAAGUUUGGAGGUCAGGAUAUAUUUAUGACUGAAGAGCAGAAGAAAUAUUACAAUGCAAUGAAAAAACUGGGAUCCAAAAAGCCACAGAAACCUAUACCGAGGCCAGUGAACAAAUUCCAAGGCAUGAUCUUUGAUUUUGUAACCAAACAAGUAUUUGACAUCAGCAUCAUGAUACUCAUCUGCCUUAACAUGGUCACAAUGAUGGUAGAAACAGAUGAUCAGAGUAAAGAAAUGGAAACAAUCUUAUCCCGGAUUAACCUGGUGUUCAUUGUCCUUUUCACUGGAGAAUUUGUCCUGAAAUUGAUUUCACUUCGCCAUUACUACUUCACUAUAGGCUGGAAUAUUUUUGAUUUUGUGGUUGUGAUUCUCUCCAUAGUAGGUAUGUUCUUAGCUGAGAUGAUUGAGAAGUACUUUGUAUCUCCCACACUAUUCAGAGUCAUCCGUCUUGCCCGAAUCGGUCGAAUCCUGCGCCUCAUCAAAGGCGCCAAGGGGAUCCGCACGCUGCUUUUUGCUUUGAUGAUGUCUCUUCCUGCUUUGUUCAACAUUGGGCUGCUGCUCUUCCUGGUCAUGUUCAUCUACGCCAUAUUUGGCAUGUCCAACUUUGCCUAUGUCAAGAGGGAAGUUGGGAUUGACGACAUGUUCAACUUUGAAACGUUUGGCAACAGCAUGAUCUGCCUGUUUCAGAUCACCACGUCCGCUGGCUGGGACGGUUUGCUCGCCCCAAUCCUCAACAGUGGGGAGCCAGACUGUGACCCUCAUAAAGAUCAUCCGGGGAGCUCUGUGAAAGGUGACUGUGGCAACCCUUCUGUUGGGAUUUUCUUCUUUGUCAGCUACAUUAUCAUAUCCUUUCUGGUGGUGGUGAACAUGUACAUCGCUGUGAUUUUGGAGAACUUCAGUGUUGCUACUGAAGAAAGCGCUGAACCCUUGAGUGAGGAUGACUUUGAGAUGUUCUAUGAAGUCUGGGAGAAGUUUGAUCCCGAUGCAACACAAUUUAUAGAAUAUAGUAAAUUAUCAGAUUUUGCAGCUUCCUUAGAUCCACCUCUUCUCAUAGCAAAACCAAACAAAGUCCAGCUUAUUGCAAUGGAUCUGCCCAUGGUGAGCGGUGACAGAAUUCACUGCCUUGACAUCUUGUUUGCUUUCACAAAGCGUGUCUUGGGGGAAAGCGGGGAGAUGGACGCCCUCAGAAUACAGAUGGAAGAUCGGUUCAUGGCAGCCAAUCCUUCUAAAGUCUCCUAUGAACCAAUUACAACCACACUGAAACGAAAGCAGGAGGAGGUGUCUGCUGUCAUCAUUCAGCGUGCUUACAGACGCCACCUUUUAAGGGUAAAAGUUAAACAGGUGUCUAGUAUAUAUAAUAGAAAUAAAAACAAAGAAGGAGAUGGACACAUUAUAAAAGAGAUAAUUAUUGAAAAACUAAAAGGGAACUCCACCCCAGAAAAGACGGAUGAGAGUUCUUCUACAACCUCCCCACCCUCUUAUGACAGUGUAACAAAGCCAGACAAAGAAAAAUAUGAAAAAGAUAGAGCAGAAAAGAACUACAAAGGUAAAGACAUCAGGGAAAAUAAAAAAUAA